AUGCCAUACUGUCAAUUUAAUGAUGAUGCAAAUUCUAAAAAUCAUAUAAUUUCAAAAGAUGACUUAAUUAUCGAUUCAGAAAAUAACUCUUCAAAUUUGGAUAAUAGGAUCAUUUUUAAUAAAACAACUAGAAUGGUUUUCUUUUCUAGUAUCAUAUUUUCAUCAUUUCUAAUACUUAGGCACCGAAAAAUUCUAUUAAGGUCAUAUGAAGAGCAGAAAAUGUCAAUGUUUAGUGAGACUGCAUUUUAUUUCUCUUUUUAUGAAGAUAUCGUGAAUUCUUCUGACAAUAUAUAUAAUAUAAUUAAAAAAAUGAUAUUUGAUGACAGAACUGAAUAUCCUGACGUAAUUAACUCGCUUUCAAGGUUUAAUAUUUACCAAGAAGUAAUAUUGGGCUUUUUAUAUAAAUUUUUAGUGGCAUUUAAUUAUAAGUUAAAAUUCUUAAUCAAUGUUAUUUAUUCUUUCAUAAAUGGAGAGAAUUUCUUAAAAAACGUGCUAUACAAUAAUGAUUCAAGUAAUAAGUGUAUUUUUUUGUCUACUCCAUAUAAUUUUUACUUUUUCUGUGUAAAUUUAAUACUUGGAUUCGGAAUGGGUAUAUUAUGUGGAACGAGUACAUAUCUCACGGGUGGGUCAUAUAUAAGUGGGUUAACUUGUAUGGGAUUUUUGUUUGGAAAUUUUAGAUUGAGGUUGCUAUCAAGAAUUUCAAGUUUGCCUUUAAGAGAAAAUUUCGCUCUUCCAUUUAUUUGGAUUAACAACAUGAUAUUAAUUUCAAUUAUUAAAUAUACUAACAAUAAAGAUUCAAAAAAAAAAUGGGCCUUGCUUUAUUUUACAUCAGUGAUACUCUUAGAGUUCUGGCAAUUUUCUGUGUUUGUAAUUUCUACGCAGCUAUUAUCAGUUUAUAUUCUAUUCUUACUUGGAUACGAAUUUUCAAGACUUAAAUUAGUUCUAAAAAAAUUAAUUUUUGUUAAUUUAAUUGCCACUUUAACUUCAUAUUUAUUGCAUUUUUUUAACUAUUAUAUUUUAUUAACACCACUACCUCAAAUUGGAAUUUCAAUUCUACUUUCCAUUCAAAUAUGUAAAGUUUUUUCUGCCAAAAUAAAAGAACCAAAAUUCUCGUUGUUUUAUUCGUUCAGUUUGGGUAUUAUUUCCUUAAUUGUAUUUUUCAUUCUUAAAUUUAUUCUGAAUCCAAUUUCAGAUCACGAUACACACGUCUUUGACAUGCUUAAAACUGCAGUUUUCGGGGAAAAAUAUGCCAAUUUUGACACAAUGAUUUAUAAAAUGGGGAGUUCCGAAUUUUCUUUUAUUACUAAAGAACAGCUUGAAAUGAUUAAAAAAUCUGGAGUUUUAUUUAUUUUUUUACCAGGUACUUUUUCAAUUUUAUUUUCAAUACUAGUAGAUACAAUAAACAUUAAAAUAUUCAAAUAUCGUCCAAACUAUACUAAUGUUAAUAAUUCAUCUUUUUCAUAUCAGCUUGAAGACCAUUCUCAAAUAUCCGAUAAUGUAUCAGAUUCUCCAUCCAAUUUUUCAAUUAGCUCUACAUCUACAUCUUAUUCACCUAAAUCAACUCUUACCUCGAAUCAAGAUUGGAGUAGUUGUUUUGAACACAGUUUACAAGAUGAAUAUCUGAUGUACACUAGAAAAAAUCAAACUAGCAGUUACGAAAAAAAAAACAUUUCAAUUUUUCAAAAACUGGGAAAUCCAAAUAAUGAGAAUCAAGAUACUGCAAUAUCUUUUUUCGCCAUUCAAACUAUCUUUUAUUGUUUAUUAGCAAUUAUUAUUUCAAGAUUGAGAGUAUUGGCCUUACCAUAUAUUGUCGUCAUUUCUAGCUUGUCUGCAUCAAGGUAUUACUUGCAAUUUAUAUUAAAUUAUUACAAGAAUUUAUUAUUAAAUAUAUUCCAAAUUAAAUAUUAUAAAGAUAAGGCAACUAAUUCAAUUAAAAAACAUAAUAAUAGAGCAGUUAGUUUUGUUCUUCUGGCAAUUUCUAUCUCUAUUCUAUUUUUUUCGAUUUUAAAGUUUCCGUUUAGUGAAAUAAAGUCAGGAUUCAUUCCCGAAAAUAAUGCAUCAUCUUCAAAAUCUAGAUUGAUAGGUUGGAUUAAUUCCAACUUACCAGAUUACACACCAAUACUUUCAGAUAUGGUAGUAGGUGCAACACUACGAUUAACAACAAAGGCGAAAAUAAUUACUCACCCUCAAUAUGAACAUAUAAAAAUUCGAAAAAGAACUCAAUUUAUGUAUUCAAUAUCAGCCUGUAUUUCUAUUAAAGAGCUAUAUGAAACUAUGGAACGGGAAUAUAAAACUGAAUAUUUGUUACUGAGCAUUUAUAGAUGCGCCUUUCCUAAGGGCGAUAAGAAUGCUAUCACAAUGGUUCAUGUAACCAACUUCCUUGACAAUAUAAAUCACCGUUGUAAUAAUCAAGAAGUUAUCUUUCAAAGGACGUGCUGGAGAAUUCAGUUAGAUAAUCAAUCUAGAUAUUUUGAUCUUGUUUAUAGAAAUGCACAUUAUUCACUAUAUAAAAGGAAGAGUUUACAAGAUUUAAAACUCUUUCAAGCAAACAUUUUUGUAGAAGAUAAAUCAAAUGAUUUCUCCAAAUUUUCAUUUAAAAGAAAAUUAUUGGAUUGGAAUGAAUCAUGGAAACCGUGGAUAAUGAAUCACUGUAUGAUAAAUGAUGUUUUUUGUCCACAAAAUAUAGUUGAUUAUGCAAGAAUAAUCAUUGAUAUUUAUAAUAUUAUUGAUGUUUCCAAAUUAUUAUAUGAAAAGGCCAUUUCAAUAUUUCCGAGAAACAGUUACGUGAUGUUUAAUUAUGCAGAAUUUCUUGAUUACGAUAUUGGGGAUGAUCCAAAACGUAUCUUUGAAAGAUACAAUAUGUCUAUUGAUCUUUAUAAACAAGAAACUUCCAAAGAUUAUAAUUCUGGUAUUAUUAAAGGGAAUUUAAGUAACCUAAUUAAUGCUAACCAAAGCUUUAGUCUAAAGAUGAUAUUAGGAUUCAUAUUAUUUUCAGAACAAAUAAAUGGAAGAACGGAAUUUGUCAUAAAUAAAUCACUGGAAUUGAUUUUUGAAAAUGAACUAAUUAAAUUAAUUUCAUCAAAUUUUGAGUUCAUGAGUCUUUUUGAGAUUAUAGAACAUUUGAACAGUAAUAAGAUAGUGAAUGUCGAUUUUGAUAUGUGUUUUGUAAGCCUCGCAUAUAAUACUUGCAUGAUUUCUUCAUAUCUCAAAACAAUUGAAAUAGAAAGCCGUAAAUUAGAAAUCAUGCAAAAAAUAUAUCCUUCCUGGUUAAUAAAGACGGUUUACAACAAGUUGUGGAUAUUUUCUAAAUUGCUUGAUCCUAACAACGCGUGUAUAAUUAAAUAUUGGAGCCUAUUCCACAAUAACGAAAAGAACAACAUCGACUUUAUUUAUAGUUUUUUCUUAGAAUGA